AUGCACCGAGGUGUGCCAGGACCAGGCCUCAGGGGCCUGAAGGGGGCAGAGGACUCUGCCAAGGACUUGGGGGGCUCCUGCCUGGAAGCCGGGAAGGAUUUUGGGGUGCUGAGGGAGAACGGCCUCUCUCGCGGCCUGGGCGAGGCAGAGGAGGCGCAGAGCAGUAGAAAGCGCGCACGACCAGUGCGGUCCAAAGCGCGGCGCGUGGCAGCCAACGUGCGGGAGCGCAAGCGCAUCCUGGACUACAACGAGGCUUUCAAUGCGCUGCGACGGGCGCUGCGGCACGACCUCGGAGGCAAGAGGCUUUCCAAGAUCGCCACGCUGCGCAGGGCCAUCCACCGCAUCACUGCGCUCUCCCUGGUCCUGCGCGCCAGCCCCGCGCCCCGCUGGCCCUGCGCGCAUCUGGAGUGCCAUGGCCAGUCGGAGCGCGCUGGGGACGCCGGGGACGCGGGUUGCAGCCCGCCGCCGCCCGCCGGGCUCUUCGCACCGCGCUGUGCCUCGUGCUCCCAGCACACGCCUCUGGGACGGCCAGUGACCGAGGCGCAGGGUUUGGCCCAGGCCUCCACUGGGAGUUGGCGCCGGUGUCCAGGGGUACCCUUUGCCUGCCCGCUGGGCCACCCACGGGUGGAUUCCGAGCCGAGCUACCUGCAUUCCUGA